AUGAGUGGACUCCGAGACAAUUUCCAGCCAGUUCUGGCCGAGGAUGCCCCAAGGUCGCAGAGCAAUGUCGAACGUCGAGAUUCAGGGCCAUUGAAGGAUAUUAUUGCUCAACAGGACAGUCUUUACAAGUACAUCAGUUGGGAGGAUCCCGCGCGAACUAUUGGAUCUUACUUUGCCGCACUCGGCUUCAUGCUGGCAGUCCAUCAUAUGCAUCUUACCCAGCUGACUCUAAAAACCAUGGCAAUUGGCCUUGGAGUUAUGUCCAUGGCCGAGUUCGCUGGUCGUUCCUUCGGCCCUAAUAACUUCGUCUCUCGCAUGCGACCCAGACAGUACAAGACAGUUCCCGAAUCCACUCUUAACGCUACUCUCAAGGAUAUCCACGACUUUAUUCAGUAUGCUGUCGUCCAGGCUCAAAAGAUCAUCUUUGCCGAAGACCUGGAGAAGACAUUUGGGGCGUUCGCUUUCACAGGUUCUCUGUACUUCCUGAUCCAGUUCAUGACACCUUUCGGCAUUGCUAUCCUUGGACUGACCACCAUCUACAUCAUUCCACUCGUUACCUCCCCUCGAGGACGUGGCAUCGCCAGAGAUGGCAUGGCUCGUGCUCAAGAAAUCAGUAACGCAGCUGUUGACCAAGCCAGCUCUAUUGCCCAAGACCCAAAGGGCACCAUGGCCAACAUUUCUUCCAUGGCGCAAGAUACCGCUGGUAACUUGAGGCAACGCGCUGUCAACAUGGUUCCUGGUUCAAAGAACACUGAGAACCGAUCUGAUGUCACCUCAACUGUUCCCCACAGCUCUUCUGGACCCACUCAGGCCAGAGACAUUUCCUCCAAGUUCCCUCAAGAUAACUCCAAGUCCUCUGAGCAGUCUAAGCACCUCGCAUUCAUGGGCUCUCGCGGUGCUUCUGGUAGCUUCGACCGAUCACCAAUCAAGACUGUUCACGUCGACCCCCACCUGUCCAACGAUUUCUCCCAGAGCGGCUUUGACAGCUCUUCUUCCCAAUCCAAGGACAUUCCUUCUACCUACUCCCAUAGCACCACUGAUGAUUUCCCCUCCAACACGCAACCCGCUCUCGGCAAGUCCAAGGACAAUACUCCUAGUUUCUCCCACGGCGCAACUGGAAGUCUUCCUUCUUACGGACAAGCUACCUUCAACAAGCCUCAAGAUGUCACUCCCAGCUACAUGUCCAGCAAGGCAAAGGAAGCUACCUCCGGCUAUUCCUCCAGCCGCCCUGACGACAAGUCCUCCACCUUUAGUUCCAGCAUGAACAAGGACAUGUCUUCAGGUUUUUCCCAUGGCACUACCGGUGACUUCUCACCCUCAAGCAAUACCAGCUCCAACUUCCCCCCUAGCAAGGAACAGGAAAUGCCCGACUACGCUCAACACCGAAAGUCACUCAACUACUCCAAGUUCCCUCACGUCAGCAACGAUGAUUCCGGCAUGCAGUCCGGUUCAAACAAGCAGUCUGGUUCUACUACCCUGUUUGGCAACCAGGCUUAUGCUGGAAAGAAGCCUUCCAUUGAUGAGACCAACUACUCUCUCCAGAACAGAACAGACAUGACUUCUGACUAUCAGCACUUUGUUCCUCGCGAGGCUCCCAACCGUGGAAUGCUUAGCUCUCAUGCCGAUACCUCCAUGGGUAAGAUGCCUCUUGGUGAGCUAAUCGACGAGAAGGAACAGGCUGGGGAUAAGGCUCCGCCCAUCUCCGCUGGUGGUCUUAACGCCAUGAAGUAGAGCUUUUCCCUUUGAGACAAAUACAUGAUCUCACAAUAUUUCUGUAUUGUUCAGUUCGUGGUCACGUUACCAGCCCUCUGAACGAGAGAUAUCGGGGAGAUACAGCUUCCCCUAGGGAGUGUUCGUAUAACUCGUUCAGAGCCUGGCCAAUGUGAUUGCAGUUGAACAUGAUUUGGAUUUUGGGCAGGUCUGGCGCAUUAGUAAAACACGAAAGCCGCCUCACUAUCAUUGGCAUGCUUUAUGAAUGGAAGACUGUCACCAUGUAACAUUAUAGAUGAUAUUAGUUUAUGAUAUUAACGACUUCAUUGAUUCCAAG